CUAAAGCAUACUCCAGUUUGGGCGACACAAAGCCACCGAGAAGGACGACAGUGGUCCAAGUAACAAUCAACACGCCCAAUGAACGUGGCAUACCCAUUGAGUAAUCUUCACUUCAUCCCACUCAGAGUCACUGAUAAUCCCUCACGCGUCCUUCUCCCUCACCGUCUCAUCCCGCACCCCGCACACCAGGCGGCCGCCGCCACCUCCCCGAGACCCCGAAUCCCCCUGUCCCCCUCGCUCCCCGCGAGGCCGCUCCGCUGCCCGCCCUCGCUCCCCGUGAGGCCGCGUCCUCUUCUCCUCGAGCACACCAAAGCAAGCAUGGACCAAGGAAGUUCUACGUGUUGUUGCUUCUCCGCGCUCGUGUUGCUGCGCGGCGCCGAGGUUGCGGCGCGAGCGGUUCUGAAAGAAUCCCUCCGGCUGCCCGGCGCCCGCAUGGUCAGGCGGCAAGCGAGCUGGACCAAGGACGCAAACAAGGAAGACAUACCGGAGCUGGUGCUGAACCGCUUGCUGGUGGCGGAGGUGUUCCUGCAGAUGCUCGCGUCGGGGUUGGGGACGGUCGCUCUCGUCUGGGCUACAGUGGUGCUGCUCGGCGGAUUCUCCACCAUGCUCGUGAGAUUGGAUUUCUGGCUCACCACAGCUAUCGUCUUUGUAGAAACCGCCAGAAUCGUCGGCUACAACUCGGCGCCCGAGGCCAAAUUCUUCGUCGAUGUUCCGGCGUCAGCUUUCUUUGGAAGGAACAUUUUGCAGAUCGGAAGUGCGACUGGUUUUGUAGGACUAAUCACUAUGGGGCCAGCACUGAUUGCUCUUGCUCCAAUUUUCGCAGCCUCUGCCUGCAUGACGCUGUCAAUUUGGCGUCUGUUAAGCAUCGAUGGUUACGGUGGCUCCAGUACUGAAUCCAGCAAUGCCAAUCUAAAGCCAGCGCUCAUCUUGUUCUACGCCCUGGUGCUCAGUCAAGGUGUGUUGUUCCUGAUGUGGUUCGUAGUUGCUAUGAGUCGUUCAGCACAAGCUAAAAAAUUGCGUCAGUACUUCAAGAACGAAGAGAUGAUAACUAACAGAUUUAUUGCUAGCACACUCGACACCUGCGUCGAGAAGGGCGUAGUUAACACCUUGAAUAGGACUGUAAUCACUUUUGCGGAAGAAUUGCUGCAAUCUGAACAAAGUGGUGACCACGGUGUUGCAGUCUCAGUGCUACACGUUGUUGUGAUCGAAAGGAAAGAACGCAGAGCUGGAGCAAUUGAGCAGAUUUGUUCUUCUGAACAGUUGGUAGGCAUGCUGUUUCGGUUGCUAAGCUCGAAAAGCCCCCUCGAUCUCGAUACCAGGACACUUGCAGCAAAAAUCGUAAAGAAGCUAUCAAACAAACUGUAUCUAGGUAACAUACCUGGAGCAGCCAACGUGUUAUCAUCUAUGCUUGAUGCGUGCUUCAUGGAAACAAGAGCACAGACAAGCCACAAAACUGGAGAAACUCUAGUCAGCAUCAAAAGUGAUAAUGGAGAAAUCAUUGUUCAUGGCCUUCAGAUUCUUUGCAAGCUUGCUGAUGACCCAGGGAACUGCACAGAGAUGUAUAACACCAAGGAUCUUGUGUCCAAGAUAAUAGCGUCACUCACUCAUGGGCUGCAUAAAGCCAUUGCCAGUGAAUCUGCAACAGUUGAGGUUGUGAUAGCAUCCUUAGGUUUGUUAGUCAAGCUUACCAGCAGGACAGGUGAAAGCAGUACAGAAUUACGCCGUACAAUAUUGGAUGAUAGCAGAACAGUCGGCAACAUUCUUUGGAUCUUGAGCAACAGUAGCCACACAGACAUGAAGAUACUAGCAGUGAAAAUUCUCACGACGCUUACUUUGGGUCAAUUGUCGAAAAAGAGAAAAAGGCUUAUCUUGAGUCAGGUAGGGAGCCCAGACCUUCAGCAGCUGGUCACAAUGUUGAGUGAUGAUGGAAACUCCAAGGAGAACAGAGCUGUGACAGCACAAUUGUUAGCACAACUGUGUGCAAAUUCCAGAACAUCUCAUGACAGGAACCGCCUCAGACCAAUCUCCAGUGCAUUGUCCACGGUUCUGAAAACUAUAAGCAAUACUCAAUGUACAAAUGAUGAUGCCGACACUUGGAGAUUUCUUGGGUGCUUCUUAGGCCUCACCAUGCAGAUUUGUGUCAAUCUUGGCGUUGGUGCAGAUGCUUUUGCUACUGCGGUCAAGGAGAUUCCAGAGGAGGACCUUGUCUUGGUAAAGAAGCUGAAGGAGAUCGUUGAUACUUGUAUUGAAAGAUUAUCUAGAAAUAGUUGUAUGGACGGCGAGAAUGACAUUUCCUUAAUGAUCAUGAAGGCCGCUGCCAAGUUGGCUACGUGGAUGAUGAAGAUGAACCACCAUUACAUCACGCAUUUUUGCCAGGUGAACAUUCUUGAGAAACUGGAGGACGCCACGAACGCCAUGGCAAAACUGGAAGAGUACAUGAUCUUAACCGGAGGUUGUCCUGACGGGUCUGGACGCCACGAGACGCUUUCAUCACUUGUGAAAGGCGUCAAGGAUUUAGUCUCGCAGCAGCAGGCUUGGGCGCAUAUGCGUCAGAUUGUCUGAACGCCGGGCUAUUGAAUGUACUCUGUUUGCCAUGCAUGUUCUGUUAUCUCUGUAUCUUGGUUCGAAAGGAAACCAGAUAAAGAACUAGUUUACUGUGCGGCAUCUGAGAUUGAGAACCAGGCGCAGACACGGCCGGCGGUACAAGCGAGGAGCAGCGGAGGCCGGAGGCUGCGCGAGAGGUGGAGGCGGUGGACCGGCGGCCGCGGCGAACGGGCAAAGAAGGGGGGAAUCCCGGAAAUAGCACCGGUCUCCGACAGUGUUCACGAAACAACACUCUUUCUCAUUUUCUCUCUGAUUACCAAAGAAUUGAUGUUUGGUACAGGGAGGCUAGGAGGCCAAGAGUAUUUACAGUAUAAACUUAGUAUGUAAGAUAAAGUGGACCUUGAGAUAAUGGGUAUAUUAAGUAACAUGAAAUCUAUUAUAUCCGAAAUUCGUGA